UAUACAUAUAUUGAAGUCUCCAUUUUUUUCUAUUUAACACACUCUCUCAAACUUGCACACUCUACCUGUACUCUCUAUUCUCACACCCUUCACUACCCAUCAAAACUCCACAACCACCAAUUUAUUCUCUCUCUCACUAUAUGUAUUUUAAAGUCUCCAUUUGUUCUAUUUAACGCACACUCUCUCUCUAUAAACUUAUAGAAAAGACUGAAAUGGGGUACGGCAGACUCGGGCCGUCGGAACCCGGAAGCUUCUCGCCGGAACGCGCCACGUUGCCGUACGAAACACGAUCUGGGCCCACCGGGAAUGGCAGGAAGAGGAAGCUGAUUCUGCUGUCUUUGCUGGCGGUGGCUCUGAUCAUCGCGUCGGCGGUCUCUGCUACAGUGUUAGUCGGCAUGAAGACGGAGGCGUCGGGUCAACAAUCGGGUCAAACCAUGACGCGGAAACCUACCCAGGCUAUUUCUCGGGCCUGCAGCAAGACCCGAUUCCAAGCUCUCUGCGUUGACUCUCUGCUUCAGUUUCCCGGGUCGACGACGGCCAGCGAGCAGGACCUGGUUCACAUUUCGUUCAACAUGACGCUGCAGCAUUUCAGCAAAGCUCUGUACACCACCUCCGCCAUCUCGUAUGUUCAGAUGGAACCUCGGGUUCGCUCCGCCUACGAGGAUUGCCUCGAGCUGUUGGAAGAUUCCAUAGACGCACUCUUACGUUCUCUUUCCUCCGUUAUCCCUUCGGCCGGCGCCGGAAGUGGAGUUCAGGGCGCCAGGGGGUCCGGACAGGACGUUAUGACGUGGCUGAGCGCCGCCCUGACCAACCAAGACACGUGCACUGAUGGGUUCAGUGACGUCAGCGGGUCGGUGAAGACCCAGAUGGCGAUCCAGCUGAGGGACUUGUCGGAGCUGGUGAGUAACUGCCUGGCGAUCUUUGCUGCAUCCGCCAGUGAUGAUUUUUCCGGCGUGCCGAUCCAGAACAAAAGGAGGCUGAUGGGAUCCCAUGAGAAGAAUGGCAAUGAGUUUCCGAUAUGGCUUAGCCGGAAAGAGCGAGAGCUGCUUGAUUUACCGCCGUCGACGAUUCAGGCCGAUAUCAUCGUGUCUAAGGACGGCAAUGGAACGUAUAAAACGAUCGCCGAAGCCAUCAAAAAAGCGCCGGAGUACAGCAGCCGCCGGACGAUUAUUUACGUAAGGGCAGGAAGAUACGAGGAGGAUAAUUUGAAGGUGGGAAGGAAGAAGACGAAUCUGAUGUUCAUUGGAGAUGGGAAGGGUAGAACCGUCAUUUCAGGUGGCAGAAACGUGUUCCAAAAUCUCACUACUUUCCACACGGCGUCGUUUGCUGCAACCGGAGCUGGGUUCAUAGCAAGGGACAUGACCUUUGAGAAUUGGGCUGGGCCGGCCAAGCACCAGGCGGUCGCCCUCCGUGUAGGCGCGGACCAUGCGGUGGUCUACCGAUGCAACAUUAUCGGUUACCAGGAUACCCUAUACGUCCACUCCAAUCGUCAAUUUUUCCGCGAAUGUGCCAUAUAUGGCACGGUAGAUUUUAUCUUCGGUAAUGCCGCGGUUGUAUUACAAAAUUGUAGCAUCUAUGCUCGUAAACCCAUGGACUUACAAAAAAAUACGAUUACGGCCCAAAAUCGCAAGGACCCAAACCAAAAUACCGGAAUUUCGAUUCACGCUAGUCGGAUACUUGCCACGCCGGAACUUGUUGCAUCACAAGCUAAUUUCCCGACAUACCUCGGCCGCCCGUGGAAGACGUUUUCAAGAACGGUGUACAUGUUAUCGUACAUUGGCGAUCACGUCCACUCUCGAGGAUGGCUCGAGUGGAACGCGACAGCUCCGGUCGAUAAAUUGUACUACGGAGAAUACAUGAAUUAUGGCCCGGGUGCGGCUAUUGGACAACGAGUGAAAUGGCCCGGAUAUCGAGUGAUCACGUCUACGGUGGAGGCGAGCCGGUUCACGGUUGCCCAAUUUAUCUAUGGAUCGUCGUGGUUACCGUCUACCGGCGUCGCCUUCUUGGCUGGGCUCUCGGUUUAGAUCGUCACACAUAAUGCUAUAUAGUUUCAUAAAGUUUGGCCCAAGCCCAAAUAAGGGGAAGGGUUUUUUUCUUAAUUUUUUUGUGGGUAACUUUAUGGAAAUAUAAUUUUCUAUUUUAAUUCUUUUCUCAUUAAAUAUUUGUAAUAAUAAUAACAAUAAUAAUAAUUCCACUAGUUCA